AUGGCGAACCUCAACUUUUCUCUUUCGUCAGAGGCCACUGGACGCGUCUACGAGCUGCUGGUGUGCCUUGCGAAGUUCGGAGAAACAGUCGCGAUCGAGGCCCGAGGCGAGAAGGUGCGUAAUACCACUGUCGAUGUCUACAGUAAUCUUACAAGGGUACAGCUCACGUUCACGGCCUUGAAUCUAUCACGGACGGCGUACGCGUCAUUCGCCUUGGACUCGAGGAGUUUCUUCAUCAACUAUGAGUUCCAGGGUAGUGGUGCUGCAAAGGACGGAGACAGGUUCACGUGCCAGAUCCUCAACAAGGCGCUGCAGUCUGUCUUCAAAGGUCGGGCAAAUGACAGUCGUGGUCGCGAGAGUGCAGUGGAGCGGUGCGAUGUCUCCGUCCAAGAUCAGCCCGACAAGGCGGAGUGUCGCCUUGUCGUGAAGAUGCUGUGCAAGCAUGGCAUGACAAAGACAUACCGUCUGACGUACGAGCCGGUAGAGGUCAUGCAUGCACUGUUCGACAGAACAGCAGCAUCGCAAGGCUGGAAGAUCUCCGCACGAGUCCUCCGCGAGUACAUCGAGUACUUUGGACCGAAGACUGAGCAGCUGGACCUCCUGGCAGCGGAAGGGAAGGCUAUCUUCACGAGUUUUACGGAGAAGGUUCAAGAUGGCAAAGAGGUCCUGAAGCAACCGCUGGAGACUGCCAUCUCGCUUCACACGGAAGACUUUGAAGACUUCCACAUGCAGGAGAAUAUGCACAUCGUCAUCAGUGUCAAGGACUUCAAAGCUAUCGUGACGCACGCCGACACGCUCCGGACCACCAUCAAUGCACAUUUCUCGUUCCCAACAAGACCUCUGCAGUUCAGCUACCAGAGCUUCGGUAUCUACUGCGAGUUUACUUUGAUGACCACAGGAGACUACAGGGGCGCUUCUUCCACGCCCAACCCCAACUUCGUCACCAACCGGAGCUCCUCAAGGCAGCCAUCUACCACACCAGCCGUUGCGCCUAGCCGGAGUGCAUCUGAGAUGCCGCCACCCGCCCGUCCUGUGCCGAACAAGCCUCCGCCUGCCAGCCAAAGUCAGAGGCUUUCUUUAAAGGAGUCGAUGCGACAGGCGCCGGCUACGCGUCCCGAGACGGAUCCGCAUCCUGAUAGUCUGUUCAUGCCUGGUGGUGAUGACCAGGUAUGGAAUCCGCCGAACUACGAUGAGGAGGAAGAAAUGCUCGGAUGGGAUGCGAAUAACGAGGAUCCGAGUGCGAACUUUCAUCCGACAUUCCGGGACAGCGGCUCGGCUGCGCAGUCUUCGAGAGGUGUCCAGCCGUCCGCUCACGCAAGCCAGGAAGGCCUGGAGCCAACGCAGCGCUUGUCGCAGCUGCAUGGCAUGUUCGACUGA